AUGUUGUUGAGCACAAACCAAAUCAGAAGCACAGAUUCCACCAUGCCUGAUCUGUCUCUGCAGAUCAGCCCUCCAUCGAUAUCAAACAGUGAAUCCAAGUAUGAUCAUGGGCUGAUGAAAGUACCUGGCUGCAAUACUGAGGGGAGCUCUCCUAAUGAUUCGGCCAGCAGUGGAAGCGAUUUGACCCAUGAAAAUGGUAUCUUUCACCCAGAAAAGUAUUUUAACCAUCCACCUGUUGAACCUAGUUUGAGUCUUGGAUUGGAUACGGCGGGGUUGAAUCCUGUUCCGGUUCAUAUACCAAAGCAAUUCCAACAUUAUCAGACUCAUUUAUAUGGGAUUGUUGGGAUGCGAGAGUUCAAAAGAAGUUCGAGAACGAUUAAUGGAGUUAGGAGAAGUGUUAGAGCUCCUAGAAUGAGAUGGACUUCAACUCUUCACGCUCAUUUCGUGCACGCAGUUCAGCUUCUUGGUGGCCAUGAAAGAGCAACACCAAAAUCAGUUCUUGAGUUGAUGAAUGUGAAGGAUCUAACCCUAGCUCAUGUGAAGAGUCAUUUGCAGAUGUAUAGAACAGUGAAGAGCACUGGGAAAGGAACAGGUGAAGGACAGACACAUAUGGGACUGAAACACUGCUCGAAAGGGAUAGAAGUUGAAGGCUUAUCUUCUGAAAAUUCUGAGAAAGCUUCACCGGCAUCUUCUUCCCAUGGGCACUUGAGAUGCUUGUAUGAUGGAGCUAAUAUGACAAAGGUUGAUGGACUCGAGGCAAACCACGACACAUCUGCGAAGAAGGAGGACUCCUUGUCUUCUGAUAUGUUACUUAAUCUUGAUUUUACCUUAGGAAGGCCAAGCUUUCAAAUGGACCACUCUAAAUCCUCCCUUCUCAAGUGUUGA